GAAAUAUCUAUCCUCCUAACAUUUGCAUUUCCACGACGGUCCUAUUCACAGACACCUCGAAGCCCACAAAGAAGGAGACCGUUCCGUUGUUGUGCAUAAAAAAUUCUUCGGAAAUUUUUAGAGGAAGCCGGAAAUGAAACAAGGUUUAGUUGUGGAUGCUGGGUUUGUAUACAAGCAAGAGACCCAGCUCACUGUUCUAAAGACCUCUCUCUUCUUUGCCAAUGAUGGGUUCACUGUGUAUGAUCCCAAAGGCGUGUUGGUCUUCAGAGUCGACUCGUACGGACCCGAUACCCGUGACAGGGGUGAAAUCGUUCUCAUGGACGCUAACGGAAGGUGCCUCCUCACUGUCAGGCGAAAGAGGCCGAGUCUGCACAACCGGUGGGAGGGCUUCAAGGGGGAGAGAAGGGAGGGCCAGAAACCGAUCUUUAGCGUGCGGAGGUCAUCGAUCAUCGGGCGUUCGAGCGUGAACGUGGAGGUGUACGAAAACCAGGGGGAGGAGUACCAGAUCGAUGGAAACUUUCGACAGCGCUGCUGCACGAUCUGCAAUGCUGAAAAGGAAUCGAUGGCUGAGAUCAGACGCAAAGUAGAUGCUUCCACUAAUGUGGUGCUUGGCAAGGACGUUCUUUCUCUAUGCCUCAAGCCUGGCUUCGAUGGGGCUUUUGCCAUGGGGUUGGUUCUUGUUCUUGAUCAGAUCUACGGCGAUGAUGCUUUUGCUGAGAGUGUGCAGGUGGAGCCGAUCACAGAGGAUUAGUAGUAGUAGUUUUUUGUUUUUCGUUUUGGGUUUAGCAUCUAACGUUUGGACUCUCAUGUCGUUUGAUAGGGAACUUCUUGUCUUGGCUCAAGAUCUAUAUUAAUGUAUCGUACUUAAUAUCUCGAAUUUAAAAAGAGAUUACACGAAA